AACAAAAAAUCAAGCGUUUAGAUUUCUCUAAAGAAGUGGAUGAACUGUUGAAACUGUUUUCCUCCAUAGAGGAUCUAUGAAUGCUCCUAUCUAUUGACCAAAAAUGACUUCUUUUGUAAGUCAUUCCUAAACACAACAUAUAUACAACUUUGCUUUUUCUUCCCUAUUUUCUCCCAUCAAAUCCACAAAAAACCGAAUCAAAACCAAACCAAACCCGAAUCUUUUAUCUCCCAAAACCUCCUAAUCUAAUCCCAAAUCUUUCUUUAUUCUUUCUCCUUCAUUAAGGAAAGAAUAUAUUUAUCAAAAACCAUUCUUUCUCUUGUUUUAAUCUAGUAAAUAGUUAAUUUGUUCUUACAAAUCUAGUUGUUUUAUCAGAAUUCAAAGCUCCUUUCACUCUCCAUCAGAUGUCUAUUAGAAACCCUUUAUACACAAAUCCCAAGCCCUGCAAGCAUCUUGCAGAUUACAAGCUUAAGAAUGGCUUGAGUGGCUUCAACUCACUGCAAAACUAUCUCAAAACCAACCCAAAUGGAAAGUCAAGUGUUAAAAAACACUCGGCUGAAAUACCCACAUGCAAUUUUUGUAAUGGGUAUCAAGGAAGAUUGUAUCUUUGCUUGAUUUGCUCAUCAAUUUCAUGUUCAAUUCAUUGUGUUUCGCAUACUGAGUCUGAGAAUGGCCAUGAUAUAGCUGUGGAUAUUGAAAGAUCAGAGCUUUAUUGUGUUGUGUGUUGUGAUCAGGUUUAUGAUCCUGAUUUUGAUAAGAUUGUGAUGUUAAAACACAUCAUGGAUUUACCAAGAAAUAGGAAUGGAAUUGAUGAGGCUGGUGGUGUUAUGAGGAGAUCAAGUAAGAGGAGGAGAUUGUUAUCAGGGCAACGAUUGGAUUUGAAGAAUUCAAAACUGCUGAUGUCAAUGAGAGAUCAGAGAGCUAAAUCAUGUUAUCCAUUGGGUUUGAGAGGUUUGAAUAAUCUGGGCAAUACUUGUUUCAUGAAUAGUGUGUUGCAAGCUUUUCUUCAUGCUCCUCCUUUUAGAAAUCACUUCUUGAGUGAUCAGCAUAACCAUGAAGUAUGCAGGAAAAAAUCAUCAGAUCGUUUAUGUUUACCAUGUGACAUUGAUGUUAUCUUCUCAGCUGCGUUUUCUGGCGAUCGGACCCCAUAUAGCCCUGCUCAAUUUCUUUACAGUUGGUGGCAGCAUUCAGCAAAUUUAGCUAGUUAUGAGCAGCAGGAUGCUCAUGAGUUCCUCAUUUCAGUUUUGGACGGGAUCCAUGAGAAGGAGGGCAAGGCAAGGAACCACAUAAAAGAUAAUGGAGAUUGCCAGUGUAUUGCACAUAGAGUAUUCUCGGGACUUUUGAGAUCAGAUGUCACUUGCAUGUCUUGUGGAUUUACUUCCACAACUUAUGAUCCCUGUCUAGACAUUUCACUCAAUUUGGAUACGGUUAAUUGCUCUUCAACAGAUUCACCUAACAAGUCUACCAAACAUAAUGAGAAUACUGAUGUCUCUACGCUUUUGGGUUGUUUGGAUUUGUUUACAAGGCCAGAGAAGUUGGGGUCUGACCAGAAAUUUUUCUGCGAAAAUUGUCAAGAAAGGCAGGACUCACUGAAACAAAUGUCCAUUAAACGGCUUCCAUUGGUGUUGUGUUUACAUAUUAAACGAUUUGAGCACUCUUCUAUCAGAAAGAUGUCAAGGAAAAUUGAUCGUUAUUUGCAAUUUCCGUUCUGUUUAGACAUGAACCCGUAUUUAUCCUCCUCUGUGGUCAGAAACAGAUUUGGCAAUAGAAUUUUUUCUUUCGGGGGCGAUGACUUGGAUACUUCUGCAGAAUUUGAGAUUUUUGCUGUUGUUACUCAUUCUGGGAUGUUAGAUGCAGGUCAUUAUGUGACUUAUCUGCGUCUGAAAAAGCAGUGGUACAAAUGUGAUGAUGCAUGGGUUACUGAAGUUGAUGAGGGGGUAGUGAGAGCUUCACAGUGUUACAUGUUGUUCUAUGUGCAGAAAAUGCUUUAUUACAAAGAAAAUGAAGACUACAGUAGCCAGCCAGUUCCUUCACAGAGUGACCCGUUUCUUACUAUCAGUGGUUGCUAAUAAAUUAUAUAACACCUGAGGUCGACUAAAUAACAAGUGGGACAGAGGAAAAACGACAUUCUUCACUGAUGGUGUGUUCUCUUUCACAUCAAAUCUCCUGGCCUGACGACAUGAUCAACUGCGUUUAUCAAGUUUGAGCCAUGGAAGGCAUAGGAUAUUUAGAUUGGUCUUGAUAUUUGUGCAAUACCCAUUGCAAUAAGUUAUCUUAUGGUCUUUUAAGAUUAGUCUUCAUCAACUGAAAGCAAUAUUGACCAAACAAAAGUAAACUGCUUCAUAUCAUCAUUUUGCAUGCCCGAGCUCUUUACAAAAUUUCUUCUUCAGAAAUCUCUGACUGCAGUUAGUCAUGUACAGUACAGAUUUGAUAUUUAUUCAUCAACUAAUUGAUUACUUAAACAACUAAUGGAGUUUGACAUUU